AUGGAAGAUAAAUUAGACAAGUCAUCUCUGGAUUAUCUUGAUAAAUUCUUUCCAUCAGAACUUUUAGCAGGAUUUGAAGAACUCAGAAAACAUGGUACUCUAACUGAUGUAGUACUGAGAGUUCAGGAUGAAGAGUUCCAUUGUCACCGCACACUCCUUGCUGUUAGUAGUCCGUACUUUAGAGCAAUGUUUACUGGAGGUAUGCUUGAGAGCUCAGCCAAUAAUGUGACCAUCCACAAUAUAGAAUCUAACACUAUGAAGACCGUCCUGGAUUAUAUUUACUCAGGUCGUGUUUCUAUAACAAUGAACACAAGCCAACAACUGUUGGAUGCAGCUAGUCUGUUUCAGUUUCCAAGAUUGAUAGAAGCAUGUGCAUCAUUUCUCCAAGGUGAACUGCAACCUAGCAACUGCAUCAAUGUUUAUCAUUUGGCUGAAUUGUAUGGAUGUUCUACUUUAGCCGAGGUAGCCAGAAAUUUCACACUGAGACAUUUCAUUGACGUUACACACUACAGCGAGUUCUUACAGUUGUCUGUGGAUCAGUUGAGAUGCUUCUUACAAGAUGAUCAGUUAGUGUAUGCAGGAAUAGAUAAUCUGAUCAGAGCCAUCAAAACAUGGAUAGAAUAUGAUGAAACAAGAAGUAAUUAUACCAAGGAAUUAUUGGAAAUGUGGAAAGAACCAAGCCAAGUGUUGAAUGAAAUACAGCACUCAACAAAUGUUAACAAACUUUCCAACUAUGAAGUUAUGUUAUUAUUUGGUGAUUAUUGGGAAAUACCAGGCAAAUCACUUUCUAAAUGCCCUGUGAAAUGUUAUGAUCCAGUCAGAAAAGUCUUCUAUGCAUUGGAAUCAGUUCCGAACACUGUUGCAGCAAGAGAUUACAUGAAUGCUGCUGCUGUAGAUGACGCAGUAGUAGUUGGCAUGAGAACAGGGAAGUUUAUGGUUUACUACCCAUCUAGUGGUAAGUGGGAGAUGGUUGCCAAGUAUCUUGUGACUCCAUUGUUUGGUAAUACCAUAGUUGCUAUGGGUAACAAUGUUUACAUCUCUGGAAGAGAUGGGCAUUUCUUUUGUUAUAAUAUGGAGACAAAGAAACUAGUAAGCAAAGCAGAUCUGUUAUCCCCAGUUAGAAACUGCUGCAUGAUAACACUCGGUGGUAGAGUAUACGUGCUAGGAGGGAACACAAGUGGAGAUUUAUAUGCAACAGGCGUUGAUUUAGUUCAGUGUUACAACCCAGUCAAUGAUAAAUGGCAACUUUGUAGCCCACUACCAGAAAAGUGUACAAAUUGUGCUGCAGUUGUCUUGAAUGGGUUAAUCUACGUGAUUGGUGCUAACUGUAGAGAGCAUUCAGAAUCAACCAAUAGAGUUUAUCGGUACAACCAAACAACAGACUCGUGGUGCAGGAUUGCUGAUUUUACUAUACCUCGUCAGUGUUUUGGUGCAGUGGUUUGCAACGGGAAGAUAUACAUCACAGGAGGAGUUGAUGUAAUCGGGAAUCAAUCGCAGCAUGAAAUACCUGUACAGGAAGUUGAAUGUUAUGAUCCAGUCACAGAUGAAUGGAGCAUUGUAGAUACAUUGUCAAUUUCUAUUGCAAAUCAUACCUGUAUUGCCCUACCAUGGUCAAAAACAAACCCAGAACUGGGGUUAGGCAGUGAAGAAUAA